AGCUUCAUUCUUACCCUUUUGAAGUCACACAAAACUCUUCUACCUUCUGUAGGAUUAGACAUAAAAGUAGACAAAAGAAGGAGCCUUUCAGGGGAGUGUGACCUUGAGCGGCGGUAGCUAUGUGCCAAUUUGACAACUCAAAAGCUAAGUAGGUAUGUUUGCAGAGAACAAAACUGUGGGGAAAACAAAAGGAGGUUUUGAGAGGGAGUGGGGGGCAUAGUCACCCACAAGCCAACUUGAUUAUGACUGAUAUUAGAGUUAGAUUGAAUAGAUACAUCUUUUUCUCUAGUAUAUAUAUGCAGCUUCAGCUCCAAACCUCAUGUUCUUAAAUGCCUCUAAUCAUUUCAUUUUUCUUUUUUCUCCAACUACACGAACAGGACGAACCUGGGAGAUGUGGUGGUUCCUUACUGCAGGCAUUUUCAAGCCCCAGCAUCAUAUCAUUCUCUUUCAACAUUAUAGGAAAGAGAAUGAUAUAGUGCCAAAGAACCAAUUCACUUGCACAAUUUCAUUAUGCAUUCAUGUGUUAGAACUUAGAAGCAUGUCUUUCAUGCCUGGCUCCCUGUAUGCCAUUUGCAGAGCCCAUCAGGAUAUGGUGGCCUUUGUGGAUGGCGUGCGAGGAGCCAUGCAUGCGCAUAAUGACCUUUUCAUCAAGGGAAGAUGAUGGAAGACCAUUUUUGAAUAAUUCUUCUAGCAUAAGAAGUAUAUUUCCAUAAAAAGAAUAAGAUUUUUCUUUUCAUCUGUUAAAGAUAUUCAUGUUUGUCAUGAUUGAUUCAUAGCCCUAACAGAAGUAGAGUAAAAAGAUGUAGUGAACUAUAUACCUCGAAGUGCCUAUAGAAAAUACAUGUACCUUUCCACUGAUGAUUUGCUUGUCACAUGUCAAUGAUCUCAGCACCAUUUUUGUCCUAGAUUUUCCAGGUUUGUAUCAGGUAAAUCUUGAGCCUUUCAGCCUCAGAUAAGCUUUCCUCUCCCAUUGAAUGAAGGUACGUCUCUGAAAUCCAUGUCCUCUGCCAUACACAUAGGCCGUUAAAUCUUGGUUUAGAAAGAUAGAAAGCAUGGCCAUUAUCCGUAGCUGAACAUGAGGUAUUGGAAGAAGAUUUCUUCUUUUUUUCUUUUCUUUCUGUAGUUUUCACAACAACACCAGAGGAGUAUGUGCUAAAAGGCCUAAUGAUCUGCUUAGAAGUAUUAACUUUCAUUCUAAAAAUUUAGUAGCAAGGAUCAAGGAUGAUUUCUAAGAUAACAAGGACAUUCUUUGAUUUCUUCUUUUGCCGUUUUCUUCGUAUUCUGUUUCAUCUUUCUUUCCUGAAUUUGAUAUUUUCCUUUUCAGUUUAAUAGUUGGGAUAUUUUCCUUUUCAGGUUAAUAGUUGGGAGGAAGAAUUCUGUGUUGUCGAGCUACAUCUUUUCCCUAUGUUUCCAAGGUAAAAGAGCACAUCAAAGGAACAACAAGAGUUAGGCCGAGUUAGUACAUACUAACUUAAAAACCUUGAUUUGAGUUCAAGGUUGAAGGUUCAAAUAUCUGUCAAGUGACUAACCUUCUGAUGUACCCAAAAAUAAAUAAAUAAAGGUUAAUAACGUGGAGUACUUGGA